AUGUUGUCACAGACGACGAGACGUAUUGGCAGACGUAAAUGCCUCCCACAUCUGGCACGCCCGCUCCUCCAGAGUCGCCCGCGAAGCUUCCUGGCGCCGCCGUUCCUCCUCGACGACCAUAUCCCUCGCUAUCAACUUCUAACACCGCUCCAAGAGGCGAAGAAACGCUCGGCAGCAUAUGCGCACUUGCGGGAGUGCAACUUGUGCCCGCGGCUGUGCGGUGUCAAUCGAUUCGAGAAGAGAGGAACAUGCUUGAUAGGCGCAGACGUCGUCGUCAACACUGUAGCUCCUCAUUUUGGUGAGGAGCCUUGUAUACAGGGCCACAACGGCUCUGGCAGCGUCUUCUUCUCUGGAUGCAAUCUCCGCUGCGUGUUUUGCCAGAACCAUGACAUUGCACACCAGAAGAAUGGCUUCCAUUUGAGUCCAGAGGAGCUUGCAGAAUGGUAUAUGAAAUUGCAAGAGGUAGGAAACGUCCACAACAUCAAUCUCGUCACACCCGAGCACGUUGUUCCACAGGUCGCCUUGUCCAUACUUCACGCAAAAGAGCUCGGGUUGAGAGUGCCGAUAGUGUACAACACGUCAAGUUUCGACUCGCUUGAAUCUAUCGAGCUGAUGGACGGCCUGGUCGAUAUCUACCUCGCUGACUUCAAAGUCUGGAACGCUGCUACAUCCAAACGUCUUCUGAAGGCAGACGACUAUGCAGAGACGGCCAAGGAGAGCAUCAAGGCGAUGCAUCGGCAGGUUGGGGACUUGUGCUUCACCCCGGAUGGAAUAGCCAGGCAAGGCGUGCUCAUUCGACAUCUCGUCAUGCCCGGCCAAGAGGAUGAAGGCAAGAACAUUGUGCGUUGGCUCGCCGAACACGUCAGCAAAGAUUUAUAUAUCCAUGUCAUGGAACAGUACCACCCAAGAGCGCACGUAGGCAAACAGCGGCGGACCACCGCUGGGCGUGCCAAAGAUAUCUCAAAAGGAGUUGUUGAGCCGGGUGACGCGCCAGCCGAUGAUCGGGCAAAACGACAAGUCAGGUAUCAAGACAUCAAUCGGGCUGUCAGUCUGGAUGAGGUAGACAACGUGCGCAAGGCUGCUGAGCAAUAUGGACUCUGGAGAAUUCUCGAUCCUGCAGAACACGGUGGCUUCAACAUCUGA